CGGAGGUUUGUGGUGGACAUGCGUCCUCCUCGCUCCUCUAAUACUCCCAAAUCACCACCAAACUAGCUAGUCCAUCCCAUUGCUCUCAACCUCCUUCCACAUCCCCCUCUCUCCUCCCUUCUUCCUCCUAUCCAUUGGAGAUCUCCAUUGGAGAGAGCUCUACCUGGCCUGCCUGCUGCUCAUGCACUGCACUGCCGAUCUUGCUACCACUCCAAGCCCAGGUUCAUAGCCGACUGGCUAUAUAGCCCGUAGCUCCAUAUACCCACCGAUCGAGAUCGCUGCCAUCGUCAAGUCGGCUGAGAUUUAGAGUGGUGUUUGGUGCGAAGAUUACUCCAAGUCAAUUCCUUCCCGUCUCUGCCGAUCCUGCGAGCUACGUACGGCGAGAUUGGGAUGCUUGAGGUGGUCACGCUGCAAAGCCCUAAUCCGGCCGUCUUCAACCUCGGCGACCACCACCAUGUCGAUGUCGGGUUCCCGGAGGCCACCGUGGAGGAGGACGACUUCCUGCUGGACUACAUCGACUUCAGCACGUGCGACAUGCCCUUCUUCCACGUCGAUGACGGCGACGACAUCCUCCCCGACCUCGAGGUCGACCCGACCGAGCUCCUCGCCGAGUUCGCCGACGAGCCGGCGACGACGACGGUGCUGAGCCCGGCGGCAGAGCCGGCGCCAGACGGCUGCGAAACCCACCAUGGCGACGAGGCGAAGACGGCCGUGGAAACGGAACUACCGGCAGAGAUGUGCAUGGAACUACCAGAAGGCAAGGGCGAGACGAAGGGGUUGUUGUCGUCGGAAGAGAAAGAUGUGAAGCAGCACAACGACAACAAGAACAAUAACAACGUGGGCGAUGAGGUUUGCAGCGCGGUGACGACGGACGAUUAUUCCGCUGCGGUCGGGUGUGAGAACAGCAAGUCGUCGGCGUCGGCAGAGGGGCACAGCAAGAUGACGUCGAAGCCCGCGUCGGCAGCCGCGGCGACCAAGAGCUCCCACGGCAGGCGGAAGGUGAAGGUGGACUGGACGCCGGAGUUGCACCGGCGGUUCGUGCAGGCGGUGGAGCAGCUGGGGCUGGACAAGGCGGUGCCGUCGCGGAUCCUGGAGCUCAUGGGCAACGAGUACCGCCUCACGCGCCACAACAUCGCCAGCCAUCUCCAGAAGUACCGGUCACACAGGAAGCACCUGAUGGCGAGGGAGGCGGAGGCGGCGAGCUGGACGCAGAAGCGGCAGAUGUACGCGGCGGCCGGCGGGCCGAGGAAGGACGCGGCGGCGGGAGGCGGCCCGUGGGUCGUGCCGACGGUCGGGUUCCCGCCCCCGGGGACGAUGCCGCCGCACGCGGGGAUGGCGCACCACCCCGGCCAGCCGCCGCCGUUCUGCCGGCCGCUGCACGUGUGGGGCCAUCCCACCGGCGUCGACGCGACGCUGCCGCUGUCACCGCCGUCCAUGUUGCCCGUGUGGCCGCGGCACCUGGCGCCGCCGCCGGCGUGGGCGCACCAGCCGCCGGUGGACCCCGUCUACUGGCACCAGCAGUACAACGCUGCGAGGAAAUGGGGCCCGCAGGCAGUGACACAGUGCGUUCCGCCGCCGAUGCCUCCUGCGGCCGUGAUGCAGAGGUUUGCUGCGCCGCCGAUGCCGGGGAUGGUGCCGCAUCCUAUGUACAGACCGAUCCCGCCGCCGCCGUCGCCGGUGCCGCAGAGCAAUAAAGUCGCCGGCCUGCAGCUUCAGCUCGACGCCCACCCGUCCAAGGAGAGCAUCGACGCAGCCAUCGGAGACGUUUUAGUGAAGCCAUGGCUGCCGCUUCCCCUGGGGCUCAAGCCCCCGUCGCUGGACAGCGUCAUGUCGGAGCUGCACAAGCAAGGCAUACCCAAGGUCCCGCCGGCGGCCACAACGAACUGCGACGGCGCCGCCUGAGAGUACGUACGUCUCAACCACCGCCGGCGCUGGAGCCAUCAUGCUGCUGCUUCCCCCCUCUCUGGGUGACACAACUCGUCGACAACUCGUCCGUCUGCACCUACGUGCAUAGGUAUGACUGAUCGACCGGCCGGUCGGUCGACGUACGCGUGCGCGUGUAGAUUAAUACUCAUAGUUAUAAUAAUGUACUGUCCUGGGUGUGUCUGUAUGAGUGCACUGACAUGGAUCUCUGGGUUUUUCCUCUCGUGUACGUGCGCGCUGUGCGCACACAUGAGAGCCGCGUCUAUAUUGUUGGGAUGGAACAACUUAUAUUAUUGGACUGGUAAAUGAAUAACCAAGGAUGCAUGCAUGCUCCGUGUGGAAAUGCACUUGCAUAUUUCUGCGAAA